AUGAAGCUGAUUGGAUUUUUUCAAACAUCUAACUCAUCUGGUCUCUUUUUUCUACAAUCUCCGUCAGAUAACCUCUACAUAGAUCCACCACCGUUCGAUUUACAGUUCAUCUACUGCGUUCAAAUGACGCACUACCUGCAUUCCGCCUACGCAACACUCUAUCUGGAUCCGUGGCGUUCCGACUCGCCGGCUAUGUUGCUUCACCACGUGGUCACUCUCAGCUUAAUUUCACUCUCAUUCGUACGCAGGUGA